AUGACUGUAAAAUCAGUGAUGUUAUUGAGUGGACACCGCAYUCACAAAGUCUGAAUUAWUAGUAAUUUUUAUAAUUAUAAAAAUCUGAAUUAAUUUUCAAUCAAUAGCUACAAACACUAGUCAAUGGUUUWCUCUGAGCUGUAAAUCUCMUAUAAUUAGCAGAAUUGAGUUCAAUGAAUAUAAUCUUCAAUUUCCGCAGUUGUGUUCAUACAGUAGGACUUACUCGCAAAGGCUUACCUAUAAUGUAUACUUAGCCAACAGGCCGUCCUCACCGGUGUCGACAGUAGUUAACAAAUUUCAUAUCAAUGAGUCUCGAUGUAAUGGAGAUCUGGAGUCAGUAKCCGUUGGUAUUAUUGAAAAAUGCARUUACAAACAGUUGRUUGGUCUGUCAUUUUUGGAGCUCACCGAUAGUCACAAUCAGUAUUCACACAAAUGCUGUUCUUUGACUGGUUUUACACAACAAGUCGGACCAAAAACUAUGAUAUUUUCCAAAAUUGAUCCAAAAUUACUGAACAAACUAUUUUUUGCUAAUAAUACUGACCAAUUGAUGGMYAUAUUUAAUAAUAAAUCUCAUACAGUGUGCACAGCGAUCUCGUAUUUUACGUAUUCUCCGGGACUAAUGGACAGUCAUCUAAUUACKGAACAGUAUUCACCACUUAAAGCCCGUAAAUUUACAAUUAAAAAGUCGUUUACUGAAAGUCUCAAAGAGUGUGAAUUUUUAUCAGCAAAAGUCAUCAGAAUUAUAGACAAACGCACAGUUAUGACACAGGAAUCGUGUAAUUCAAUGUACAUUAAGGAUCAGUUUGAAGAGCAAACCAUUAAUUUUAUUGUCUACACGACUACCAAUGUGUCACAUGAAGUGACUGUUCAAACACUUUACGAAAAGAUCAGUCGARUUAUGGGCAGUUCUACUGAAACAUUGAUCGGUAUAGUGACUAAAGGACCGACCAAUUUGUUAGGUGCCGCAUAUCUAAGUUUGGCCAGUCUACCUAAUCUCAAUAAAUAUGACUGUCUCAGUGAAUCGGGUGUCAGUAAAGUGUUUGGAACCACUGAAAGAAUAUUUGCUAAUCUGGACGUUCAGAAUCUAAURAAUCUSUUAGACUUGGAUGAGAUCAUUGAACAAAUUCGUGGCACAAGAAUAGUCGAUUGUUUGGGUUCAAUAGCUGUCACAUAUAUGCCGGGACUCGUAUCUAAUCAAUYGGAUAUUAAAACAAAUCUUUAUUUAACUUAAAUUAAUUUUAUUAAAAUUUUACUAUAAAAUAUUU